AAUGAGCGCACUUGAGCACCUCCCCAAAAUCUUCUGAUUACAAGCGCUGGAUGUUUACAAAUGCCGCGCGCACAUAAAAGCCACAGAUGAGCAGAGCCGCUUCAGUAUCCAGGUACAAAAAGGCAUGGAUAGCAGACCGGCGGAUUUCACACUUUGUGGACGCGCAAAGGCAAUAUUUUAGUGCAACCGUAUUCUGGAAUAUUCUUGCGUUCACAUCUCGCUGUCUUUCUCAUUUUGCGCUUUAUAAAUCAGUUUUCUCGCGCAACAAACAUGUUUUUGUUGCUAAGGUCAGUUCUUCUUGUUAACGUGUUCUAUGCUCAAUGGGAAAUUGUGCAUUCAAUGCAGAGUCAGCUGUGCGUGCCCGUCAGACUGGAUCAUGUCAAGAACCAUUUAGUCAGUGCUGAAGACAACACGUUGCCUCAAACAGUUGUAUUCAAAAUAAAUGCAUUUGAACAAGAUCUUGUACUCGAAUUACUGCCUGACUCCAGCUUCAUUGCUCCAGUCUUCUCGACGCACACCGACGCAACUGCUCAAAACUCCGCGCCCAGUGAAGAUCUGAGCCGGUGUUUUUACGCCGGUGAGGUGAAUUCUGAUCCCUACUCAUAUGCAGCGCUCAGCUUGUGCAAGGGGCUGCAGGGCGCAUUCGGUUACGAUGGCUGGGAAUAUUUCAUCAAGCCGGCGUUGAACGACACCGAGUGGAACGAUGCGCAUGCCCAUCUCAUCAGCCGCAGAUCUAACGCCAAUCUGAGUGGAAACUCCACGUCAAGAUGCGGCGUGGACAGUGGUGCAACCCAAACCGUUGCACAGUCUUUGGCGAAGUUUAAGCACCUAAAGGAACAACACAAGUCUAACGUCACUAUGUCAGUUCUGAAAAACCGCUCGAAGAGAUUUGUCUCCAUUCCGCGUUAUGUAGAGACAUUAGUGGUGGCCGAUGAAUCCAUGGCCAAAUUCCACGGUGACGACCUCAAGCAUUACGUACUGACCUUAAUGUCAGUGGCAGCUAAGCUUUACAAACACCCCACCAUUCUUAACUCUAUCAGCAUCGUGGUUGUCAAGUUUAUGGUGAUUAACGAGGAAGAGAAAGGACCUAAGGUUUCCGGGAACGCGGCGAUGACCCUGCGUAAUUUCUGCACCUGGCAGAAGAAGCUGAACAAAAACAGCGACAAGCAUGCGGAGUACUGGGAUACGGCCAUCCUAUUCACAAAACAGGAUCUGUGUGGAGCCUCAACAUGUGACACACUGGGUAUGGCAGAUGUUGGCACCAUGUGUGAUCCCAAGAGAAGUUGUUCUGUGAUUGAAGAUGACGGGUUGCCAUCUGCCUUCACUACUGCCCAUGAGCUUGGACAUGUCUUUAAUAUGCCACACGAUAAUGUUAAAGCAUGUGAGGAAGUGUUUGGCAAGCUUCAGGACAAUCACAUGAUGUCUCCCACUCUGAUCCGGAUCAACCGCACCAGUCCCUGGUCACCAUGCAGUGCUGCCAUUAUCACUGACUACCUGGAUAGUGGACACGGCGAUUGUCUGCUGGAUCAACCUCAGAAACCGUUAGCUCUUCCAGAUGUGCUCCCAGGUGCAUCGUAUGGUUUAGAGCGGCAGUGUGAGCUUGCCUUCGGUGCUGGCUCAAAGCCAUGCCCAUUAAUGCAGGCACCAUGUCAGCGCUUGUGGUGCACAGGAAAGACCCGCGGGCAACUGGUGUGCCAGACAAGACACUUUCCAUGGGCAGAUGGAACCAGCUGCGGAGAUGGUCAACUCUGCAUGAGAGGCACAUGCAUGGACAAACAGGAAAUCACCAAAACUAAGGUGGAUGGCAGAUGGGGUAAAUGGGGACCAUUUGGUACCUGCUCCAGAACUUGUGAAGGUGGAGUGCAGCUUUCAAAGAGAAAGUGUGACAACCCUGUGCCAGUCAAUGGCGGCAAAUACUGCCAGGGUGUGAGGGUCAAAUACCGGUCCUGCAACCUCUCCCCAUGCCCUGACACAGGCAAGAGCUACCGUGAGGAGCAGUGUGAAGCUUACAAUGGGUUGAGCCUGAACACUAACCGACUCACCCCCUCUGUGGUGUGGGUGCCCAAAUAUUCGGGUGUUUCGGCUAAAGAUACAUGCAAGUUGAUCUGCAGGGCAAAUGGAACAGGCUACUUCCACGUUCUUGCACCUAAGGUUGUGGAUGGUACACCAUGCUCUCCUGACUCCCCGUCCGUCUGUGUCCAAGGCAAAUGCAUCAAGGCAGGCUGUGAUGGAAAACUGGGAUCCAACAAGAAGUUUGACAAGUGUGGAGUCUGUGGAGGAGAUAAUAAGAACUGCAAGAAGGUCUCAGGUCUUUUCACCAAGCCAAUGCAUGGUUACAAUUUUGUGGUCAUGCUUCCUGUGGGAGCCUCUAACGUCGACAUCAGGCAGCGUGGCUACAAGGGCAUCGUGAGUGAUGACAACUAUCUUGCUGUCAAGAACAGCCAGGGCAAGUACCUCCUGAACGGAAACUAUGUGGUUUCAGCCAUGGAGAAGGAUAUCCUUGUGAAAGGAAGUCUGCUCCGCUACAGUGGAACAGUCGGCUCCUCAGAAACUCUUCAGGCUGUGAAGCCUCUGGGAGAAGCCCUGGUAAUUGAAGUACUAUCUGUAGGCCAGAUGACACCUCCACGUAUCCGCUAUUCUUUCUACUUGCCACGGGAGAGCAAAGAUGCCAAGGUGCAAAAGAAAGAAGAAAAGGCACGUGCUGAAAACAGUGUUCUUAGGGAAGAGGGCGGAAUCAGUAAAGGUGGAAAAGACACAGAUCUUCUCAAGGACACCAUCUCACCAUCGUAUGUCAAAGAUAUUGCACCAAAACCAGGAAAGUGGGUGGCGGCCAGGUGGGACGUGUGCUCGGUUACUUGUGGUAAUGGGCUCCAGAGGAGGAUGGUGCAGUGUCUCGGGGGAGAUGAUGGGCCUGGAACGGACUGUGAGCCUGCCCAAAAACCCAGAGCUAUUCAGGCUUGUGGAGACCCUUGCCCCAUGUGGGAGGUGGGCGACUGGUCCCCCUGCUCCAAGACCUGUGGAAAGGGCUUCAAACGGCGCCUGAUUCGCUGCGUUACAAAUGUGGGAAAGCUGCUUCCCAGGGAAAAGUGUGCAGACAAAAAGAAGCCACAGGAGCUGGACUUCUGUUUAUUAGCCCCUUGUAAAUAAUCCACCCUUUCAUUUAAUAUGUCUCUACUUGGACUUUGAUUCAUAUUCAGCAGAGAAAAGUACAAAGAAAGAAGACUAUAUGUUCUGGUUAAAAGUUUAUAUUUUUUCAUCUGUCUGACAAUGGGGAAAAAUGGACAGCUGUGAAAAAAAAAUGACUGAUAAAAGACAAACUGAGGUUCUGAGAUAAACAGGUUUGAACACAAAUGCAAAUAGUACUCUACCUCUAAUUCUAACCAAAUCCAUCACCUGUAAAUCAUCCAGAUGAGACCAUAUUCAAAAUCAUGCCUGAUGUCAUUAAUAUUUUUAGGUAUUAAUAAGUAACGGGUACAUGUAAAUUUUUUGCAUAUUUGAAUAUAUGAUAUAAAUGUAUUGACAGCACCUAAAACAUGAAAGUAUUGAAAUAUGUUCUGCAUUUCAAAUAAAAUAUUCUUUAAUUCUUUAUAUACUGUAAAAAAAAAAUUAUAUAUAUAUAAGAAAUAUAUUUGUAUAGUUAUUAUAAUUUAAUCCCACCUCUACUCUAAAGCUAACCACUUCUCAUCAACGCAAAAUAUGACAGGCAAUUUACCACAUUAAACCAUUUUAUAGACCUUUGUCGUUAAUUUUACUGUAAUGUUAAAUUAAGUGAAAAGCAUGACAAAGAACAUAUUAAUUAAUUAAAUGCAGUAAAAUCAAUGUGUUCAAUAUUCUAUCAAAAAGGAUUUUCAAACAUUUAUAUGCCUAGAAAUCAUUUAUAUGUCAAAUUUUUCCAUUUUAGGUGCUGUUAAUAUGUCAAUAAUGUACAUGUAUAUUCAAGCAUGUGAAAAUGUAUGUGGUAGAACCUUUUGAACGUUGCCAUCCAAGUCCCAAACAGCAGUGUAAUUAUUAAACCUAAACUGCACAAAUCCAUUGCUUUUAACUGAAUGGAUGAUCAGUGUAAACAUCUGUGUGAGCAAUUGAUGUCUGAAAUGGCCAUUAAUGAAUGUGUGCAGUGGAGGCCACACUAUAUACUGAUAAAGUCCAUCUGGGGUAUGUAAUAAACUCGCUCACAAAUGCCCUUGUACUGCAUGAAACUUGCUGCAAUCUACCCUUUGAUACCCUCUUUUCUUCAAAUUUCAGAGCUGUGGAGAAAAUUAAUUAGGAAGUGAUUCAUUAUUAACCAAAAAAUAAGAUCCAAGAAUGAGACUGGAGUAUUUGUAAUAGAGGUUAAACAUUUGGUUUACUUGUUUACUGGGUUUUACAUUUUCUUCAAAAGGACUGAGAAGUAGCACAGGCUAUAUUUCUAUCAGCACAUUUUCUGUCAACAAACAGAUCUAAAUAUUAGCAUUUUUUCACAAAUAGAGCGAGGAAGCCGGUUCCCAAAGCUUUACGUCAUGCAAAUAAAUGAAGUCAUCUGUAACUGGAAGUCUUCUAACUACUUGGUUACCACAUGGCGUUUCGUGCAAUGCAGCGAUCCACCUUUACCACUGAAAUAUGACAUGCAGUAACUCAGAGGGGCCAUUUUGACAAAGUACAGAUCAUGGAAAUGUUUAAGUCUUCGCCAGUACAACAAAAACAGCAAGAAGAAAUCCUUAUGCACACGAGGCCUGUGUUUUAUCAGUUCGUGUGUGUUAGCAUGUUAGCUGUCUGUCCCUAAACACUUUUUGCAUGUCCAUUCAUCUCCUUAAAACCACUGUUAUUUAGCUUAGCAGACCUAACUUUUUUCUCUUCUGGCCAGCAUAUUUCCUGCUUUCAGCCAUGUUCUGUACUGCCAAACACAUUCCCUCCUCAUCCAGCUUUCAACCAGAACCCUUUUUAUAAUUUGUUGUAAUGCUGUUUAUCUCCUCUCCUCUACCUACCACUGAGCCAGAGGCGCAGCUGCUAUAAUCAUGCCCUGUCUGGUACAGUUGCCAUUUUAAUUAAGUUAUUACUAUUACAAUGAAUUUUAAGAACUGGUGGCUGGUGGCACAAGGUUGUACAGUGUCGUGCCCUGUGCUUUAGUGGCAAGUCGUUCUUUGUACACAGUACGUGAAAAUCCCUUUAAUACGCUAAACAUGUUACAUUGAUGAUCAAGGUUCUUCAGAGUGACCAUAUCGUCCAUCUAAAAGAUGGUUUCUGUAUUACUUUAAUGCAUAUUUUACUUUUGCGCUUUUGUACAGCAAAAGAUUUCAAUGUCCUGCAUGGGCUUGUAUACCAUGUAUACAUCCAUCUGGCUGUGCACAAACAAGUCAUGUAAAUACCUAUUAUGUCUUGUUAUACAUGAUUUUUUUUUUCUUUUCUUUUUUUUUAUGCUUCAAGGUAUUUAUUCCAAAUAAAACAUGUAGAAAUA